GAGCUUCAGCGAUGGCUCCAACCUCAUGUCCCACCAGAAGAUCCAUCACGGUGAGAGACCCUAUAGAUUCCCCAACUGUGGGAAGGGCUUCACCAUGAGCUUGAAGUCCAUCAAACACCAGUAG